AUGUCUUCAAAUGAAAGUGUGUUCCUACCAGGAGAUAUUUGCUUUCAUAUUUUACAAUUUCUACCAUGGAAACAAAUCAUUGCCUGUUCUCUCCUAUCAAAACAAUGGCGAUCCGAAGUAAUGAAAAGUAAAUUAUUUGGUACUGUAAGCGUAAAAGGUUCAUUGUUGGUUAAUUUAUUCCGAUCACUAUCAUUCAAGGUGCAGAAUAUUCAAUCUCUGUGUUUAUUAUUGGAAAACCAAGAACAAUUGAUGGAAUUUUGUGAGAAUUUAUCAGAGAUGAAAAGUUUGAAAGCAUUGAGUUUGGGCAGUGCUGUCUUGGAGUUGCCGUAUAUUGGUGAUGGAUUGAUUCAAUUGUUUAAAUGUAAAGAAUUGGAGCAGUUGAGUACUUUGAGUUUGAAUUUUUUUUUAAAAGGUGAAAAAGUAGGAUGUGGUUAUGGUGCUGCAUUAGAAAUUGCCACUUGUCCUUAUAUUGGAAAUCUAGAGAAAUUGAUAAUUUGGGCAAAUAUUACAAAGGAUGGAGUUGCCAAGGUGGCCAGUAAUCCACUUUUGUCAAAGUUGAAGGUAUUUUCAUUUUUCAUUGUUGUACAAGAAGAAGAAUUGAAAAUAAUUUAUGAAAAUAUGAAACAUUUACAAUAUAUUUCAGUGAGCAAUCCAAAUCCCAAAUGUUUCAAGAUUAUUACACAAAUGAAAGAAAUGAAGGAAAUAAGAAUAAGUAGUGGGAAGAUAAAUCUGCAAGAUAUUGACACGGAGAGCAUGUCCAAGCUGGAACAAAUUAACUUUACCCAUACUUCUUUGAAAUCUAUCAAAUUGCUUGGAACAAGCUCACAUUUGAAAAACUUGUCCUACAUAUCUCUAAACCAGGGAAUUGACAGAAUUAAUUUAACUAUUGAAGAUUUGGAUGAGAUGUUUUCAGGACAUCUUGCACAUACUUUGAGGUAUUUGAGUUUAGCCCUUAACUUUCCAAGGAACGGUCUUCUCUAUAUCGCAAAAUAUUUGAAAAAUUUAACUUAUUUAUCUAUAGACUCCUUAGAAAUAUUGAAUGACAAGAGCAUAAUAGAAUUCACCGAAAAUUUGGAAAGAGAAUCCCUUCUCACUUACUUACAAAUAUCAUCAAACAAUAUUACGGAAUUGUCUAUUGAAUAUCUUAGUAAUUGCUCUUAUUUUAACAGAAUUGAAAGCCUUUCGUUAAAAAGAAGUAAGGUAUUCUCAUUCAAUUCAUUAGAUAUGGUUGCAUCUUCACAAUUUUCAAAUACUAUUAGAUCAUUAGAAUAUAAACUAGAUUUUGAUGAUGUGAAAAUUGAAAAUCACAUCAAUAAUUUGAAAAAGAAUGGUCAAUUGGUAAAUCUGAUUAAAUUUCCAAAGAGUUUUAGAAUUCCAAGGAAGGGAAGUAGUUUGAAACGAUUGGAUAGAGAUCAACAAACCUCACUAGUGAAAAAGAAGAAACAAUAA